CUGCUCUCCAACGCCGUAUCGCAAUCUGAUCAAACGCAAGCCUCUCUCCCACCUCCAACUCUCUCUCUCUCUCUCUCUCCACACCGUCCACAACGCGUCCCCCAUUGAUGCGGUAGAGCACGAACUCCCCCUGGAUCUGAACAAGCCACCCAGCGAAUCCUCACCUGACGCACCAAAUCUGGUCAGAAACGGUGAAGAAUUCGAACACGGUCUUAAGAAUCGUUCACUAAGGCCACACACGUCUAUCUGCUUUCCCCUACCUGUUUUUGUGGUUUUUUUUUUCUCGUUUCGAACGAUUCACAAGAACAGAUCCGCAAGGGGGCUUGCAGAUCCUGGAGAUCUACCUGUGUGAGGCAGGCCCCUUGUUUUGGAUGCCCAGAACGAACCCUUGACCUGAAGAUCUGCUUGAUCCGUUUGGGAUCUGCUUGUUUUUUGUUGGAUCUAGAGAGAAUAUGUUCAAGUCCAUGGUUUAUUACGGGAACACCUCAAUCGGAGAGGUGGAGGUGUGGCCGAAGGGCGAGGCGAGCGCCGGCUUGGCCGUGGCGGCGUGGGCACGAGAAAUCCGCGUUGACCGCCUUUCCCCGCCCAGCGAGCGGUGCCCGCCGCUCGCCGUCAUGCACACGGUGGCCGUCGACGCCCGAUGCCUCGUCAUGGAGUCCAGGCCGCCCGCCGUCACCGACGUGGCGCCACAGCCGCUCGUUGCCAUGCACGCCGCUUGCCUCAGGGACAACAAGACCGCAGUUGUUCCUCUAGGAGAUGAAGAAUUGCAUUUAGUUGCGAUGACGUCCAGAAGAAACUUGACAAAUCAUGCAUGUUUCUGGGGUUAUAGAUUGCCAUUUGGCUUGUACAAUUCUUGCUUGACCAUGUUAAAUCUUCGGUGCCUGGGUAUUGUGUUUGACCUUGAUGAGACAUUGAUUGUUGCCAAUACAUCACGGUCUUUUGAGGACAGAAUUGAUGCUCUUCAAAGAAAGCUGAGUAAUGAAACAGAUCCACAGCGUAGGAAUGGUAUGCUAUCAGAGGUCAAGAGGUACCAAGAUGAUAAGUCCAUACUAAAGCAAUAUAUAGAAGGUGAUCAGGUCUAUGAUGAUGGGAACGUGUAUAAAGCGCAACCUGAGGUUGUUCCACCAUUGUCUGAUAACCAGCAACCAAUGACACGUCCAGUUAUAAGAUUACAAGAUAAAAACAUUAUCUUGACAAGAAUAAAUCCUCUGAUAAGGGAUACAAGUGUUCUCGUCCGUUUAAGGCCAGCCUGGGAGGAUCUUCGCAGUUACUUAAUUGCAAGAGGGCGCAAGCGUUUUGAGGUCUAUGUGUGUACAAUGGCAGAGAGAGAUUAUGCUUUAGAAAUGUGGAGAUUGCUUGAUCCAGAUUCAAGAUUGAUUAAUUCUGUUCAACUUCAUGAUCGAAUGGUGUGUGUAAAAUCUGGUUUGAAAAAGUCCUUGCUAAAUGUUUUCCAUGAUGGUUCUUGCCAUCCUGGAAUGGCAUUAGUAAUUGAUGAUCGCCUAAAAGUUUGGGAUGAGAAAGAUCAAUCUAGAGUUCAUGUGGUUCCAGCAUUCACUCCAUAUUAUGCUCCUCAAGCAGAGGCAAAUUGUCCUAUACCAGUUCUGUGUGUCGCCAGAAAUGUUGCAUGCAAUGUUAGGGGUAGUUUCUUCAAAGACUUCGAUGAAGGCCUCUUGCCGAGGAUUAGUAAUAUUUCCUAUGAGGAUGAGGUAAAUGAUAUCUCAUCUGCUCCGGAUGUUGGCAACUAUUUGAUAACAGAGGAUGAUAAUGUUGCAGCAGUGAAUGGGAAUAGAGAUGCACUGCCUUUUGAUGGUAUGGCAGAUGCUGAGGUUGAGCGGAGAAUGAAGGAAGCAUCAGGCAAUUCUCAAGGAUUCCAUCCAACAGUGGCGAGCUUUGUCAUGCCAGUGGUCCCUGCCCAGAAUUUAGUUCCGUCUUCAGUUGCGCCAGUUGCCCCACCCCUUGGCAUGACGCCACCUCCAUUCAACCAACCAGUUGUUCAACCAGGUUUUUCAGAUCCACUGCAAGGUUCUCCAGCUAGAGAAGAGGGUGAAGUUCCUGAGUCUGAGUUGGAUCCGGACACAAGGAGAAGGCUUCUCAUAUUACAGCAUGGUCAAGACACAAGAGAUCCUACACCUCCACUCCCAGCAAUACCACCAGUGCAAGUCCCAGUUCCACCAGUGCAACCUCAUGGCAAUUGGUUUCCCACAGAGGAUGGUAUUAAUCCAAGUAAUCUGAAUAGAGGUUCAGCAGGUUUCACUGGACAAUCUGAUUCUAUGUUCUAUGAGAAAAAUCAGCCACCUCAUCCUUCAUUCUUUCAUGGUGGCGAUAGUCCUAUGUCCUCUGAUAGAUUUAGCUAUCAGAACCAGAGGUUUUCCACUCAGCUACCACAUACUGAGGAUCACCACAUGCUUCAGAACCAUGGACCUCCAAAAUACAUAGCCUUUUCUGGUGAGGAGCUAUCAGCUCGGCAUGUUCCCUCAAGGCAGAGAAACAACCAGUUAGAAUCAGGAAGACACUUUGCACAAUAUGCAGGGACCUCUGCUGGCAUACUAGAGGGAAUUGCGCUGAAGUGUGGAUCUAAGGUGGAGUACAGGUCAACAUUAUGUGAUACUGCAGAUCUACAGUUCUCUAUUGAGGUUUGGAUUGUUGGGGAAAAGAUAGGUGAAGGAAUUGGUAGGACAAGGAGAGAAGCGCAGCGGCAAGCUGCAGAAAUGUCAUUAAGAAACUUGGCCGAUAAAUACCUGUCAUCUGAUCCAAAUAAGAUGACUGAUCUGAAAGAAAAUGGUUUUGGUACCAACCGCAACUAUGUUGGAUACUCUGGAAAUACGAGGGAUGGGAUGUUGCCAGUUUCAAGUACUUCUGAGGAAUCUCGCUUUAUGAAAAUGGAGGAUAAUAACUCCCAAAAAACAGGAGGUUCUGUUGCUGCUCUCAAGGAACUUGUAGAAGUUGGUGGACAAAUUCUAGGCAAAGGAGUUGCGCUAACAUGGGAAGAGGCAAAACUCCAGGCUGCUGAUGAGGCCAUUGUAACUUUAAGAUCCAUGCUAGGUCAACUCGGUCAUAAACGGUCUGGUUCUCCAAGGUCAUUGGUACCAAAUUUUAAUAAGCGCUUCAAGCCAGAUUUUCCAAGGGUGCAGAGGGUUCCUUAUGGAACAUACUCCAGGAUCGAAGGCCAUGUUCCCUGAGAGUUUCGCAUAAAUGAUGUGCCUGGGCACUGGACUUCUGAACUGGAUAAGACUAUGAGCUAUCAGCUCCAGACAGAUGGUUAUGGGAGCGCCAAGAAAAUUGAAGUAUUUAUGGUGGCGAUGACUUCCUGCAGUAUUUAUGUUGGCGAUGACUUGAUAGCACGGAGUCGCACCAUGUUGGUGUAAUCCUUGUGGAUCUGGAAAUUUGAAGCUUGAACUGGGAGUUGAUGCAGCACCAAUUCAUUUUGGUGAUCGAAGAGGAGCUGUAGCUGGUGGACAUUUUCUCUCUCAGGAAAAUCUGGCCUAUUGGGUGCUGAUCCACUCAUCCUAUGCGAUGCAUUUGCGACCAAGGCAAUCAUAAGUGAAAGUGAAAUAUCAGGCGAAAGUUGGUACCCAGGCACCCAGCGACCUGCAUACUCGGGGUCCUAGCUGUAGAUUGACAGGUUUAGUAUUAGUUUCUCAGGCUAGGUUGCGCAGAACUGCUCGGUUUAAUAGAAUCGCUAGUAUAUGUUGAUGUAGUCAGUCUUUGUAACUGUAGGCAGCCAAUCUUUGUAGCGGUUGAUGAAUACAGUGGCUGACAAGACUCAUUGUAUGUUGUAGGCAUCGGUGUAAUAUAUGGUUUGACCCCCUUUGCGAGAUUGGGAGUGUA